GAAACCUUAACUGGUUUUUUCUUCAGUGUUCUGACCAUUAUAAAAACCUGAAGCUUCCCAUUUGCUACAUGUACUUCUGUCCAACUUUCAUAUGUUGGCCUAUACAUGUCAUUAAGGUUAAUUAGAUGGAUAUCCCUCUGAGAUUUUGUCUAUUGGAGCGCAUUUGAUCAUAUUAAUUGAUCUGAGCUUAUAGAGCUUGGAAGAAGCAAGUGAGGCCAUGGCGGUGGCAAGACCUACAUUAUUAGUCACGGACUCUACAUUGAAUGUGUGGCAUUCCAACUUCCAUAUAGAUUCUAUAUCUUCUCUAAGAUGGCAUGUCAUAAUGGAUAUUCCUUUAGGAGUGAAAAGCACAUGGACUGGAUUGAACACAGAAAUGCUCAAGAGCCAUUAUAAUUUAUGUCUAGCAACUGAUUACUGUUGGGCACCAGAAGGAGCUGCUGUCAUAUGUUUUACAUCAGGAACCACUGGCAGACCUAAGGGAGUUACUUUAAGCCACUCUGCUUUGUUAGUACAGUCCCUUGCAAAAAUUGCAAUUGUUGGUUAUGGAGAGGAUGAUGUACGGCCUCCAUGUGCUAAAAGAAAAGGUGUAUUUACACACGGCUCCACUUUGCCACAUUGGAGGAAUAUCAUCUGCCAUGGCUGUCUUAAUGAGCGGAGGUUGCCACAUCUUUAUGCCCAAGUUUGACGCUGGAUUGGCUGUUGAGUCCAUCAACCAUUAUGAUAUCACCUCUUUAAUUACUGUUCCAACUAUGAUGGCUGAUCUAGUAUCAUUUUAUAGCAGAAAGGGGGCACCUGGAAGGUCAGAAACGGUGAAGAAGAUUCUUAAUGGGGGUGGGGCCCUUUCAGUUGAACUUAUCACUCAGGCAGCUAAAAUAUUUCCAAGGGCUAAACUUUUUUCUGCAUAUGGGAUGACAGAGGCAUGUUCUUCAAUGACAUUCAUGACGCUCUAUGAUCCGACAAAAGGAAGUGUUAGACAGCAGCUCCAAUUGAAUGUUGGUGGAAACUCCAAAUUUUCAGACCAACAAAAGGGAAUCUGUGUUGGAAAGCCUGCUCCACAUGUUGAAUUAAAAGUUUGUUCAGAGGGUUCAUCUCAUAUUGGGAGGAUACUAACACGAGGCUCUCAUGUAAUGCUUGGAUACUGGGGCCGAAUAUCAAACGAAACUUUCAAAUUUGUGGGUGACAACUGGCUCGACACAGGUGACAUAGGGCAUAUAGAUGACAAUGGCAAUAUGUGGCUCAUUGGGCGUUCUCAGGGUCAAAUCAAGAGUGGAGGAGAGAAUGUUUAUCCUGAAGAAGUAGAAGCUGUCCUGUCACAACACACUGGUGUUUCUGCAAAUGUAGUUAUUGGGCUUCCAGAUUCGCGGUUGGGAGAGAUGGUCGUUGCCUGCAUUCAGCUCAGGGGCAAUUGGCAGUGGGAUGAUUUGAGAUCCAAUCCAUCAUCAAUUAGCUACCCCGCAAACUACUUGUCUGCAGACAUCCUCCGGUGCUUCUGCAAAGAAAAACAGUUGACUAGGUUUAAAGUACCAAAGAAAUUUAUUCUCUGGAGGAAUCAGUUUCCAGUGACAACAACAGGAAAAAUAAGAAGAGAGCAACUCAAAGCAGAAGUAAUGUCUACUAUGCAGUUGAUGCCCAGCAAACUUUAGCCACAGUACUUUCUGCAGCCUGGGGAGAUGGUCAUAAUUUGGAGGUGUCCACUCUUCUCGCAUAUUAUAUGGUACGUUUGGUUGUACCUGGUUUCCUAUACAUCCAAUGGAAGUUUUUUUUAUUUGUUGUUAUCUAUUUUUUCAAAAUAUUAUUUUAUCUAAUCAAAUAUACCACGUUAUUCUUAUUUAAUUAUGUCAAUUUUGAUUGGUUGGAAAAGUCAAAAUUGGCCAAAUAUUCUAGGACAGAGAGUGUAUAUGUUUUGGGUCACGUCUCUCUCGUUUCAUUUGUCUCUUCUCAAUCUCCCUCUUCUUCUUCAACCAUCUUGGCGGGUCUACUUUUUUUUAAUACUAUUAACUCCAUUA